AUGGUGUUGAUCGAUGGACAUGAAUUCCUCACCGAGGAAGAGAAGCGGCUCAAGGAAGACCGGGAAAGAACCAAGUACUGGAAGAAAUGGGGUCCCUACGUGGCAGAGCGCCAGUGGGCGACAGUGAGAGAGGAUUAUUCCGAGGAUGGUGAUGCCUGGAGCUAUUUCACCCACGACCAUGCGCGCUCGCGGACUUUCCGCUGGGGCGAGGAUGGAAUCGCCGGUGUAUCGGAUACCCAUGCGCUGCAGAAUAUCGCCUUUGCUUUCUGGAAUGGAGAAGACGACUUCUUGAAGGAACGCCUGUUUGGCCUGUCCAACCCUCAGGGAAACCACGGGGAGAGUGUCAAGGAAGCCCAUUUUCAUCUGGACAAUACCCCGACUCACUCGUAUAUGAAAUUCCUCUACAAAUACCCCCAGAGAAAGUUCCCAUACCAAGACCUCAUCGAUGAGAAUGCCAAACGCUCGCGCUUGGAGCCCGAGUACCAGAUCUUAGAUACGGGUAUCUUUGAAGAGGACCGUUACUGGGAUAUCUUUAUCGAGACAGCCAAGGAGGCUGACGACGAGGAAGAACUGAUCUUCCGUGUCAUUGCAUACAACCGUGGCCCGGAGCCGGCUAAGCUCCAUAUUGUUCCUCAUGUUUGGUUCCGGAACAACUGGUCCUGGGGUGAUGAGAAGAACGAGAAGCCUUCUAUUAAGCAAGAUGGCGCUUUGCAUGCCAAGUCUAAGCACAACAAGAUUGGCGAGCGAUACAUCUCCUUUGCUCCGUCGCCUCCCGUCGGAUCUAGCGAUGACGAUAUUCAGCCUCAGAUGUUGUUCACUGACAACGAGACGAACCACAAGAAGCUCUGGGGUACUGAGAACGAGACGCCGUAUGUGAAGGACGCAUUUCAUCGUCACAUUGUCGAGGAGGAGAAGGGUGCUAUCAACCCGGCCAAUGAGGGUACCAAGUUUGCCGCCUGGUAUGCCUUCAACGAAGGUGAGGGAGUUCCUCCCGGUGAGUGUGCCGUCGUCCGUUUCAGGGUUUCCCGCAAGAAGGAAGAGUUUGUCGACGAAGAAGUUCUGGACGAUGUGAUCGAGCAACGUCGUGCGGAGGCCGAUGACUUCUACUACCGUAUCAACCCUCUUCCCAUGAGCGAAGAUCUCCGCAACAUCCAGCGUCAAGCUUUCUCCGGAAUGAUGUGGUGUAAGCAGUACUACAACUUUGUCUGGGACCAAUGGAGCAACGGUGAUCCGACUGAAAUCCCCCCUCCUCCGGGCCGAAAGGGCAUUCGCAAUGAGCAGUGGCGCCAUCUAUACAUUGAUGAUAUCUUGUCGAUGCCGGACUCUUGGGAGUACCCGUUCUUCGCUGCAUGGGAUACUGCUUUCCACUGUAUCCCAUUGGCCAUGAUGGAUCCCGACUUCGCGAAGAAGCAACUCGAUCUUCUCACCCGUGAGUGGUACAUGCACCCCAACGGCCAGCUGCCCGCCUACGAGUGGAACUUUGGAGAUGUGAACCCGCCCGUGCAUGCUUGGGCUGUGUUCCGUACGUUCAAGAUCGAACGUAAGAUGUACGGACGCCAGGAUCUGGACUUCCUGGAACGUGUCUUCCAGAAGCUGCUGCUCAACUUCACCUGGUGGGUCAACCGCAAGGACUCUGGUGGUAAGAACGUCUUCGAGGGUGGCUUCUUGGGACUGGAUAAUAUCGGUUUGUUCAACCGCUCUGAGCCAUUGCCCACCGGUGGUGUUCUUGAGCAAGCAGACAGCACUGGCUGGAUGGCCUUCUACUGUCUGUGCAUGCUGAACAUCUCCUUGGAAUUAGCCAAGCACCGUCGCAUUUACGAAGACAUUGCUUCCAAGUUCUUCGAGCACUUCCUGCUCAUCAGUGAUGCCAUGACUUUCCGCAAUGGAGAUGACACUGUUCAGUCGCUGUGGAAUGAGGAAGACAACUUCUACUACGAUGCUAUCUCAUACGGUGGCCCGUGGACCCAGCAGCUGCCUAUCAGGUCUCUCGUCGGUCUGAUUCCUCUAUACGCUGUGCUCACUCUUGAGCCAGAGCUCAUCAACAAGUUCCCAUCGUUCAAGCGACGAGUGGAAUGGUUCAUUGAGAACAGGCCAGAUGUAGCCGAACGCAACAUCGCCAGUAUGAAGCGCCGCGGUAAAGACGACCGACUCCUCCUGGCACUCGUCAGUAAAGAGCGCCUGGUCAAGAUUCUAGAGCGCAUGCUGGACGAGACUGAAUUCCUCUCGAAGCACGGUAUCCGCUCCAUGUCCAAGUUCCACGAGAAGAACCCCUACUCCAUGGACGUCAACGGUCAAACCUUCAAGGUCGGCUAUGUCCCCGGAGACUCAGAUAGCUCCCUAUUCGGCGGUAACAGUAACUGGCGCGGACCGAUCUGGCUCUGCGUCAACUUCUUGUUGGUCGAAUCCCUCCUCCGCUUCCAUAUGUUCUAUGGUGAUUCCCUGCAAGUCGAAUGUCCCAAGGGCUCAGGCGACUACAUGCACCUGGGUCACGUAGCCGAAGAGCUGCAGCACCGUAUGCAGCAUCUCUUCGCUCGCAACGAUGAAGGCCGCCGUGCCGUCAACGCCGGCUCAGACCUACUCGACUUCGACGAGCACUGGAAGGAUCACCUCUGGUUCCACGAGUUCUUCGACGGCGACACCGGCCGCGGUCUCGGUACAUCGCACCAGUGUGGCUGGACCGGAUUGAUUGCCAAGAUCAUCCACGAUACUGGUGUCAACUGCCGUCUCCCCCAAACACCCCGCUCUCCCUUCGCCGCAGCAUCCCACUACUUCGAUGACAUUUUCUCCCGCUCCGCCAGACCCCGCGGCUCAGGCCGUCCAUCCGUCCGCCGCUCAUCGACAACCCGUUCCAUAGGCAACCGUAGCGACUUCUACUCAGGCGAUGCAACCCCCGCCGCCUCAACUGUGCUCGACGACGACGAUCCCAGCGCCAGUCGUGGAGUCAGCCGUGGGGUUAGCCGUGCAAGCAGCCGCCGUGGGAGUACUGCCGACCCGCGCGACGAAGAACAUGUUAACCAAUACGUAGAGAGCCAGUUGCAGCGUGUGCGCAGCUCUGCUUCGAUUGCCACAUACGAGGAUGAGUUCGAGACCAAGGCUGAUAAGGAGAUUGGGAAUGGUCAGAAUGGUCACAAAUAA